CAUUCCCGAUCUCCGUGUUUGUUUUCGUCCCAAGACGUCCUCUCUGAAUGACCCCUAGGUCAAAGAGCGUCUGCUAGGCGCACUUUCGGAUCGCGUCUGCUAAGAUCUUCCAAGAUGACGGUAAUCGAAACCCAGCCGUACGAGGGCCAAAAGCCCGGCACCAGCGGACUUCGGAAGUCCACCAAGACGUUUCUGCAGCCCAAUUACACGGAGAACUUCGUCCAGUGCAUCUUGGAUUCCGUCGGGCCUCAGCUUGAAGGCUGCACCUUGGUGGUCGGCGGAGACGGCAGGCACUUUGUCAAGGAAGCGGCCAAGAAAAUCAUACAGAUUGCCGCCGCAAAUAAGGUGAAGCACGUCAUCGUUGGGCAGAAUGGCAUCUUUUCAACGCCUGCAGUGUCCUGCAUAAUACGCAAACGAGAGGCCUUGGGUGGAAUCGUGCUCACCGCAAGCCACAACCCAGGAGGCAUCGAUGCGGACUUUGGUAUCAAAUUCAACACUGGCAACGGAGGGCCGGCUCCGGACAGCGUGACCAAUGCCAUCUACGAGCUGACCAAGAAGAUUUCGCAGUACAGCCUCUGCCCAGACAUCAACCCCAACCUGGGGCAGCUCGGCACACAGACCUUCGAUUGUGAAGGGCGUACCUUCACGGUGGAGGUCGUGGACUCUGUUCAGGACUAUCUUGAUUUCAUGAAGGAGAUCUUCGACUUUGACGCCCUCCGUCGUCUGAUUAAGGGCUCGUCCAAGCGUCCUGCACUGCGCAUUCUUGUCAACUGCCUCCACGGGGUGACCGGUCCGUACUGUCAGCGGAUCCUCGCCGAGGAGCUGGGAGCUCAGUUGGGAGACAUCCGCAACCGGGUUCCGCUGGAAGACUUUGGAGGCGGACAUCCAGACCCAAACCUGACCUACGCAAAAGAGCUCGUGGACGUGAUGUCCUUGGGCGUCUUCGACUUUGGUGCUGCAUUCGACGGAGAUGGGGACCGCAACAUGAUUUUGGGGAAGAAGGCGUUCUUCGUGACUCCAUCGGACUCGCUGGCAGUCCUGGCAGACAACCUGGAGUGCAUCCCCUACUUCCGGCGCACGGGCGUCCGGGGCCUGGCGCGCAGCAUGCCCACGGCCGGUGCCGUAGACCGGGUGGCCGAGAAGAAGGGCCUGGCCAUGUUCGAGGUGCCCACUGGCUGGAAGUACUUCGGCAACCUCAUGGACGCGGGGAAGCUGUCCCUGUGCGGCGAGGAGAGCUUUGGCACGGGCUCCGACCACAUACGGGAGAAAGACGGGGUCUGGGCCUGCCUGGCCUGGUUGUCUGUGAUGGCCCACACCGGUCUCGGGGUACAGGAGCUGUUGGAAGCCCACUGGAAGAGCUACGGCCGCAACUUCUUCACGCGCUACGACUACGAAGGCUGCGAGAGCCAGCCCUCUGACGACAUGAUGGCGGCCCUCGAGCAGAAGGCCACGAGCCCGGGCUUCGUGGGCCAACAGUUCUCCUCUGGCGGGAAGACGUACGUCGUGAAAGAAGCGGACAACUUCGCCUACACCGAUCCAGUGGACGGCAGCGUUGCCAAGGGGCAGGGAAUCCGUAUCGUCUUCCAAGACGGGUCCCGCAUUGUUUUCCGCCUGAGCGGCACGGGGAGCAGCGGUGCCACGGUACGCCUCUACGUGGACAGCUACGAAGCCGACCCGGAGAAGUGCAAACUCGAUGCGCAGGUGAUGCUGAAGCCGCUCGUGGAUCUCGCCUUGGAGCUCUCCGAGCUGCAGAGGUACACUGGCCGCAGCGAGCCCACGGUCAUCACGUAGAGGAAUGGGCCGAGUCUCCCAGUCUACGCGAGACAGGGAACCGAGACGACUCCUAGUCUCUCCAACGGCGGUGGUUGACGUCCUCACUGCCCCCCACAUAACCAAAUGUGUCAAACUGUUUCACUUAGGUACUAAUAAAAUUCUAGCGUCUGUAAAGCGUGAGGUAGA